GGCGAACUGCUGCUUAGGGGCGGGGUUCCGAUCCCGGAAACAGCGCGGUGAAGUCUGGGUAAGCGGUGCCGGUCGCGCCUGCGCAGUGCGGCUCUGCGUGCGGGAAGAUGGUGCUCAUCAAGGAAUUCCGAGUGGUUUUACCAUGCUCAGUGCAAGAGUAUCAAGUUGGGCAACUUUACUCUGUGGCAGAAGCUAGUAAAAAUGAAACAGGAGGUGGUGAAGGAAUUCAAGUCUUAAAAAAUGAGCCUUAUGAAAAGGAUAGUGAAAAGGGACAGUAUACCCACAAAAUCUAUCACUUAAAGAGUAAAGUUCCUGGGUUUGUAAGGAUGAUUGCUCCAGAAGGCUCCUUGGUAUUCCAUGAAAAGGCUUGGAAUGCAUAUCCAUAUUGUAGAACAAUUGUGACGAAUGAAUAUAUGAAAGAUGACUUCUUCAUAAAAAUCGAGACCUGGCAUAAACCAGACUUGGGGACAUCAGAAAAUGUGCACGACUUGGAUCCAAACACGUGGAAGAGUGUUGAAGUUGUCCAUAUUGACAUUGCAGACCGAACUCAAGUAGAACCAGCAGACUAUAAAGCUGAUGAGGACCCAGUAUUGUUUCAGUCGGUGAAGACCAAGAGAGGACCUUUGGGGCCUAACUGGAAGAAGGAGCUAGCAGCUGAUGAAGACUGCCCUAAAAUGUGUGCUUACAAGUUGGUGACUAUCAAAUUUAAAUGGUGGGGACUACAGAACAAAGUAGAAAACUUUAUCCAAAAGCAAGAAAAGAGGAUAUUUACCAACUUCCAUCGCCAGCUGUUUUGUUGGAUUGACAAGUGGAUUGAUCUGACUAUGGAAGACAUCAGGAGAAUGGAGGAUGAAACCCAACGAGAGCUGGAAGCGUUACGUAAUCAAGGCCAAGUGAGAGGAACAAGUGCUGCCAAUGAUGAAUGAGACGGAUCUGACCUGUCACUUGCAGUGUUGAUACGCAGAUGUGUGUGUGGAUGCAUGAUUAUCUGUAUAUAAUUAUAUAUACAUACACGCAUACUGAGGGGCUGUUACAGUUUCUCUGGGGUACUAUACCCAUCUUCAGCAAAGAUACAAAGGAAACUGCUUUCAUUAUAAACCUGAAGCAAAUACAGAUUGACUGAGUAGUGUCAUUUAAAGGAUAAAUUGACUGCAGAAUUAUGCUAACUGGUAUGUUUCCUGAAUGUCAGUACUGGACCAAUUUAUUCCUUACCUUUGUUUUAUUUCCCUCUUGAAUCACUCUGCUAUAAUUUGCCUGUGUCUCAUUAUAAGCCAACAAAUUCAGAUAAAUUAAUUUUCAAUUUUGUCUUUUCCCUAUGUGAUUUUAGCAUAGGAACUAUGAAUGUAUUUAUACCUAUUUAUUUCUGGAUUGUCAUCUAAGUCAAAUCAGAAGAUUUUUUUCUAUUAGUGAGAAUUGGAAGACUUUUCCUGUUGAAUGAGGAAUACAAUAAUGGCCCAACUUUUACCCAUCUUGCUGAAAGAAAUCACCUGUUUUAUUGGAGUUUUGUACAUUCAAAUGUUUUCUUCAUUAAAAAUUGGCAAAAUUUAAGAAAAAUGGCUUGUGAUUUAUAACAGUUUGAACUGAACAAUUUUCCAGGAGGCUUUCAAACAAAGUAACUGACAAUACUAGUAUUGAGCCUUUAAACUAUAUUUUAGGCUGUGUAGUUUAAUUGAAGGUAUAGCACUUCCCUACAAUUACAUUUAUUUCUGAAAUCAUUUUUUUCAAAGUUUUAAUUUGGAAACUAUGCAAAUGGUCUCAAUUUCACACAGAUUGCGCAAUGGAAUAUAACGGUGACUUUUAGCUCUUUUCAUGUUGAAAAUUCACUUUUAAAAAAGAUGUUCACUUUCAGAUAUGAUGAAAGUUUAAAUUGUAGCAUCUGACAUGUUUCUCUGAUUUAUUAGAAGUAGACAUAAAAGGAAAGAUGGUAUAAUAAAGGCCUUUUUUAGAUAGUUCUCAAAUAGUAAGUUGUCUUCAUGAUUUUUUUAAAGAAAAAUAUUGCAAUGGAGCAUAUCAUAGAUAUAUUAUCAAAAUACUUGUUAAAUCAGGAACAACUUAUUUUAGGACCACUAGUUAGGUAAGGUUUCCUCCCAGAAGCCUCUGUAGGGCGAGGUUUGCUGAAGGAUCUCUGUCUAGUUUUUUCAACCCCACACCAGACAUUUGGGAAUAAUUGCUUAUUUAAUUAGCUGAUAGCGGGAGUGAUUCUCUUCCUUUAUAGUCGGUGUCAAAACUCUCAUUGAUUUCAAGGGGAGCAGAUCAGGCUUGGAAUAUGACUAGCCCACCUAGUCCAUUCUCCUGCAAUGACGGUUAGGCACUGCAAUGACUGCAGACAAGUGGACAUGGAUUUUUUUUGUAUGUCUGUUCUGUAUUAUUGCCUCACUAUCUUCCAUGCUACAAGGUCAGUCUUCAGUUAAUCCUUCCUCGCCUAGCAAUGAAAAUGGAUGUCUAUUCUCUGCACCAGCAGAAGAUUGGUUUUGUAAAAACUUUUAAACCAUGUUUAUAUAACUUGCUACAAGGAGGGUUUUUGCAAAUUUGUGAAACUAAGGGCUCUUUUCAGUGCAGGAAUGUAACUCCUGCUCUCACCAAUGGGAGCCGGAAUACAUUCCGAGGAGGGAAAGGAACCCCUAUCAUUUUUUUUUGUUUUUUGGACUAGCUAUGAAAAUUUGAGGGAACUUUGUAGUGAAUGUAAAUGUUUAGUUUACUUUGGCAGUCUCUGAUGUGAACUACAGUAAAACAGUCAAUGGAAUUUAAUUAAAUAAAUUUGAUCAUAAAAUA